GAAUAUGGAUUGGAGACAGAUUCUAUGACGUUGCAGCGUUUUGUUCUUCGUGAUCAACGGAGACAUCCUACUGCGUCUGGUGACUUCACCAAUCUUUUAACAUCGUUGCUUACUGCAAUUAAGGCAAUUUCAAGUGCUGUCCGAAAAGCUGGUAUUGCCAAAAUAACGGGCUUAGCAGGUGAACAAAACAUUCAAGGCGAAGAUGUGAAAAAACUGGACGUUAUAAGCAAUGAGUUUAUGAUCAAUAUGCUUCAGUCAUCUUAUGCUACAUGCGCAUUAAUUUCUGAAGAGAAUGAACAGGUAAUCGAAGUAGCUCCUUCCAAGCAAGGUAAAUAUAUCGUCACAUUCGAUCCACUCGAUGGUUCAUCAAACAUCGAUUGCUUGGUAUCAAUUGGGACUAUUUUUGGGAUCUAUAAAAAACAGUCAGAUGAUUCUAUAUCAAUGGCUGAUUUGCUACAGAGUGGACGGCAAUUAGUAGCAGCUGGUUAUGCUUUGUAUGGUUCUGCGACAAUGCUUGUAAUGUCAACAGGACGUGGCGUUAACGGAUUUACACUUGAUCCUAGUGUUGGUGAAUUCAUGCUAACUCACCAGAAUAUCCGGAUACCGAAAAAAGGAAAAAUCUAUAGCAUCAAUGAAGGAAAUGAAGCAAACUGGUCUAAAGGCAUUCAGGAAUAUGUGCGUACCCGAAAGUAUCCAGAAAAAGGUAGGGAACCCAUGGUUGCACGUUAUGUUGGGUCCAUGGUCUCUGAUAUUCAUCGUACUCUGCUUUAUGGAGGUAUUUUCAUGUAUCCUGGAUCAAAAGACAAACCAAAAGGAAAGCUCCGACUCUUAUAUGAAGUGAUACCGAUGUCAUAUAUCAUAGAACAAGCUGGAGGACUCGCAACAAAUGGAGCUGAACAUAUUUUAGAUAUUCUACCGACAGCUAUACAUGAUAGGAGUCCAUUAUUCCUUGGUUCAACAGAUGAUGUGGUAGAACUCAUGGAUUUCAUUAAACAGUAUGACUCAUGA